AUGGCAAACAUCACGCGCCCUAACAAUUUUGGAGAAGUUGUACCAGGCAUUUACAGAUCGGCAUUUCCACAUGUGGGUCUCCACAAAACUCAUCUAAAGGGAAUAAAAACUAUUAUUAAAUUAGUCAAAACUCCAUAUAAUGAGGCCGAAAACGAAUUUAUUCAAGUCAAUGGAAUAAACGUCUACUUAUUGGCCUUAAAGCCCAACAAGGACUCGAACGAGACGAACGAAUGCAGCGAGGAUAUCAAUAUGGUCAUGAAAAUUCUCCUUGAUAGGAAAAACCACCCUAUUCUGAUUCAUUGCAACCACGGGAAGCACCGCACAGGGUGCGUUGUCGGCUGUUUCAGAAGACUUCAAGGAUGGAAACUGGAGAACAUCCUAGAAGAAUACCGGAUGUAUGCUGGUACCAAGUUUAGACUAUUGGACGAAGAAUUCAUUGAGAGAUACGAACCAGGACAAAUCAGGCAGAUAAACUCAGCUUUUCGACCAUUUUGA